AUGCCGCCGUUUAAAGAUGAGCAUGUCCUACUCAUCGCGCCAGGCUCGCAGGUGACCCUGGCGCAACUAGGCCUGCCCGAGUCCUUCACGCCCGCUCGCUUUCGCUUCCCGACGCGCAUGUUCCCGGCUGAGAAACAGGGUGAAUAUGAGCCGCACCGAAUCCGCGAAAAGAGGCAGGAGAUUGUUAAGAAUACCGGCGGGAAUGGGGCGCCGACGCCGGCGCCAAAGGUGGAUGUGGAUAUGAAGGACGCGGACGCUGCACCGGAGACCAAGACGGAGAAUACAGAGGGAGCGGAGAAGGAGAAGACUGAGGGACAAGAAAGCGAAGGUGGCAAGCAGGAGACUACGGAGGAGAUUGUGUUCGAGGAGGACGUCACGUCUGACGAGGGAGCGGUUUAUCCCAUGGAGAACGGGCGGAUUGUCGACUGGCCGUGCUUUUUCGCCCUUCUUACGCAUAUCCAUAAUACGCUUAGCCCCCCGUUUCACACGCCGAUUAUGAUUAUUUCGGAACCGGUUUGGACUGCUCGGGAUCGAGAGGCGAUUACGCAGUUUGUGUUCGAGAAGUUCAAAACACCUGCGUUUUCGCUGAUGGAUUCCGCGCUGGCUGUUUGCUACGGAUACGGGACUCAGACGGCUACUGUGGUUGAUGUUGGAAAGGGAAAGGUCAACGUUACGGCUGUGACGGAUUUCCUGGUCAAUGAGCAUGGGCGGGGUAUUGCGCUUGAGGGGUGCGGUGGUGAUUAUAUGACGGAUCGAAUUGAAGAGCUUCUGGGUUCGAAGGGAUUUACCAGGGAAAUGUGCGAACAGCUGAAGAGGAGCAAUAUCACGGAGAUUCUACCACCCGGAACCCCGCUACCUGGUGCCGCUGCAACUGCACGACAAGGAGCCAACCCGGCUGCAUCGGCGUCUACCGGCGCACCAGAAGGAGGCGCACCGAAUGAGAACGUCCCCCGUGGCCCAGGCGACAGCACUCAAACUGGCGAGGAAGGCGCAGAUGGCGAAGACGAGGGUGUGCUGGACGUGGCAGCCAUCGUUAGCGGAAACACCAGCGAGUACCUAGCCAGCAUCGAGAAGGAAAGGGGCACUGCGAAGAAGGGCACUGCUGCCGAACAAGCCGCCAGAGCCCUCCGUCUUCCGAACUCGAAGAAAGAAAAGGCUUCCUUCCAGUUUGAGGAAUUAGUACCGAUUCAAUCGGAGGAGAACAGCAACGCAUCCGGCCGGUAUAUCCGCCAGCAGCGUGAUAUCGAAGUUGGAGUGGAGCGCUUCCUUUCUGCUACCCCGAAGCAGAAGGUUGGCGAGCGCUUUUCUAGUGGUGUUCUUGUGGAUAUCGCUACGCAGAUUCACCAUACUAUCCUUUCAGUUCCUGAUGCGUCGAAGCGCAGCGAGCUCUGGGAUUCUUUGAUUGUGGUUGGUAACGGCAGUAAGAUAAAAGGCUUCACACAAUCUUUGCUCGGAACCAUCACGCAAAUGUUCAUCCUCUCACCCUCUGCCAGCAUGUUCUCGUCUGAGAUUCCCUCAAACCUCGCCACUCCCCUUCCAACCGGAGGCAGCACGACCCCGGCACCCGGAUACCCUCUCGCAGGCCAAGGCGUAAACCCCCUCCUCGUCGCAGCAACUCACGCCGGCAACCCCGGCAUGUCCCACAUGGGCACACCCUCCGCCGACCCAUCUCUCCUCUACCGCCCCACCGGCCACUCCCAAACCCCCACCUCCGUCAAAACCGUCAAGCACCCUGAGUACUUCUCCGAAUGGAAAGAACAGGCCAACUCCAACGCCCCCGGAGCCAGCGCAGGCGGCGGCGGUGGGAACGGCAACGGCAACGCCCCUGGCCCUGGUGCACCUAGUCAACCCAGCACGGGUCACGGGAUGGAAGAAGCGGUGUUCUUGGGUGCGCAGGUGGCUUCGAAGGUCAUUUUCAUUCUCGACCAGGGUCUUAGUAAGGGAUUUAUGAGCCGGGUUGAUUAUAAUGAGAAUGGACCGUCGGCGAUCCAUGAGUAUAUUCUGUGA